AUGGUUGCACGAAGCGAUUCUUGGAAAGCGACUCAAGAUAUGCAGUCGGUGUUUCCAAGUUUGUUGUACGGAUCUUCUCACUUUCUUUCGAACCAAACGAUCACGAUCUCCAAGCUCUCCCAGUCUUAUGGGAAUGUUUUGGAUCUUCGGUAUAUGGACUUUGAACUAUUCAUCCGGCUCCCAACCGACUCCAAGCAACAAUCUUCCAAAAUUAAUAUUGUUACGGCUAUGUGGCCAACUCCAACCAACUCCAACUCCAACCCAAACCCCAUCUGGAACAAUCCAAUUGUCAAUGAAGGUCUGGAGGAACCACGUCAAACCAAUUGGAAAUCAUCCCAAUCACCUUUACCAGCCAUCAUUCGUUAUUUUAUUCUGCAGGUUACAAGCAUCCGCAAUCAUUCUGGUGCAGCUUGGUCCGAGUGUUUAACGUUAAAUCCAACAAAGACCAGAAAUACCCCUGAAGUUGGUAUGAAUUGGGAUCUUUUAGGUUUUAGAUCCGAGAUUCCUAGAUUAAUCAUUGGUUGGUAA